CCGCCCUACGCUUGUGUUUCCGUCAAUGAAUUUCGGAAUUACGCUGAGUGCGUAGCGUAAGGGCCGUGGCGGAGCUGUUACCGAGAGAUCGGACACGGAGACAGAAUGGUAGCACAACAGAAGAACCUGGAAGGAUAUGUGGGCUUCGCGAAUCUCCCCAACCAAGUUUACAGAAAGUCUGUGAAGCGAGGCUUUGAGUUCACGCUCAUGGUUGUGGGUGAAUCGGGCCUGGGGAAGUCUACACUCAUCAACUCCCUAUUCCUCACAGACCUGUAUUCUUCAGAGUACCCUGGACCUUCUCACAGAAUUAAGAAGACUGUGCAGGUUGAGCAGUCGAAGGUGUUGGUAAAAGAGGGCGGAGUGCAGCUGCUGCUGACCAUCGUGGACACACCGGGGUUUGGAGAUGCUGUAGACAACAGUAACUGCUGGCAGCCGGUGAUCGAUCACAUCGACAGUAAGUUUGAGGAUUAUCUCAACGCAGAGUCGCGCGUCAACAGACGGCAGAUGCCCGACAAUAGAGUUCACUGCUGCUUGUACUUCAUCGCCCCCUCUGGACACGGACUGAAGCCACUGGAUAUCGAGUUCAUGAAACGGUUACAUGAAAAAGUGAACAUCAUCCCUCUCAUCGCCAAAGCCGACACACUGACUCCAGAGGAAUGCCAACAGUUCAAGAAGCAGAUAAUGCGAGAAAUCCAGGAGCAUAAAAUAAAAAUCUAUGAAUUUCCAGAAACGGACGAUGAGGAGGAGAACAAGCUAGUGAAGAAGAUUAAGGAUCGGCUGCCUCUGGCGGUUGUUGGCAGUAACACCAUCAUAGAGGUGAAUGGGAAGCGUGUGAGAGGGAGGCAGUACCCCUGGGGCGUGGCUGAAGUUGAGAAUGGAGAGCACUGUGACUUCACAAUCCUACGAAACAUGCUCAUCAGGACCCACAUGCAGGACCUGAAGGAUGUGACUAAUAACGUCCACUAUGAGAACUACCGCAGCAGGAAGCUUGCUGCAGUCACCUACAACGGAGCUGACAACAAUAAGAGCAAAGGCCAGCUCACCAAAGUUGACACAGUUGAAGGCAUAAGUCCUCUGGCGCAGAUGGAGGAGGAGAGGAGAGAGCACAUGGCUAAGAUGAAGAAGAUGGAGAUGGAGAUGGAGCAGGUGUUUGAGAUGAAGGUCAAGGAGAAGCUCCAGAAACUGAAAGAUUCUGAGGCAGAGCUGCAGAGACGUCAUGAGCAGAUGAAAAAGAACCUGGAGGCGCAGCAUAAGGAGCUGGAGGAGAAGAGGAGGCAGUAUGAGGAGGAGAAGGCCAGCUGGGAGGCCCAGCAGUAUCUGUUGGAGCAGCAGAAACUAGACGCCUCCAGGACCUUGGAAAAAAACAAAAAGAAGAAGAUCUUUUAAAGCGUUCGGACCACCACCUUGUACUAGUUGCCAAUAAAGCCAGCCUGGACUGUCUGUCGGUCAACCAAAAAGAAAAAUAUCGCCCCUCCUUUUCACCUGGUGUCUGUCUGUGUGGUGAGGGGACAGCUGCAAGGUUAAGACAGGAGAGGGGAAGGGCGUCCUACUGAACUAUUACAGGCCUGAAAGUCUAUAAUUACAUUUACGUUAUCUGACCAGUAGACGUGCAUUAACCUCUCUGGACUCUGAGCUUGAACAAUCAUAUUUCUUUGGUUCAUAACUUACAAACGCCUUCCAGCUAUAGAGAGAAAUCAGAGCUAUAGUGCUGUUUAGGGAAGGUACCUGUUCCCAGUAAAUAUGUUUACUAUUCUUUAAAAUUCCCCCGCCUCUUAUUUAGUCACAGAGUUUUAUAAAGCAGAGGGCCGCCCUCCUCCUCCAACACUGGCAGACUCCAUCCGAAAAACCUAAAGGCUGAAAUACACCUCAGGCGAUUCAUUUGUUAAUUUUUUUUUUUAAUAAAAAAAUAAUAAUAAAAAAAAACUUUGCGGCUUUAAUUUUUUUUCUCUCUCUCUCUCUCUCAAGAAAUGUUAAGCUCUUCCAUUUUGUGUAAUUUAAGUUAUCUAGCCUUGGACCGCAUUGUAUAACUUUUUUGUUUAUCGUUAACGUUUUGUUCACCUUUGUUUUAUGUCGUCUGUUAAUUUUUGUCUUAUUAUAUAUCAGCCCUGCUACAGUUGUGUUGUUUGUGGAGACACUGUGUUAAAGUGAUAGCGUAGCCAUUCACAAAGCCUUUAUAAAUGUGUCAUAAUGUGGCCGAGACUUUUCCAUAUUAAUUACUGACUGUACCUUUGUUUUAGUGUAGUUUCUUUUUUUUACCAGCAUUAAAAUGAACUGUCAUUGUUUUUGUAUAGACUGCAUAUAACAUCGUUUGUGCUGGUGUGAUAUUGGACAAAACCUGUUGAAAGCAAAAUGAGCUUUUUGCUAAAUUUGAAUAAAAAGAAUAGAAACAGUGAGGGUUUUUUUUUCUUCUUUUUUUCCUUUCUUUGUUAAAUUAUGAUGCAUUUAUAAAUAUGCUGCACCUGUCUGUCAAUGACGGCCACCUACAGUGUCUCCUUUUCUCUCUGGUGUGUAAAAUGGAGGGUGAGCUGCUUUUCUUGAUCUGUUACUUUAAUGCCUAAGUCAGAAAUCGCCGCCACUUGGCGAACUAUUUUUUUGGUACUGCUUUCUCAGAAACUUUUAAAUAAUAUCUACAGUCCUACAGUCCGUCACCUUAAAACAGCCAUGAAAGCUCUUCAUAGACGUUUCGCCUGUUCUCAGUUGUCCUCCAAACUCACUGCCAGGUGGUGGCGCUGCUGCUUUAGCUGUUCCUGAUUGGUUGUUUUAGUAACAGGUCUGUUCUGUUGGAGCUCUCACCCACAGCUGGUCAUGCUCAAAAACCACAUUUAGCUUUUGAUUAUAUACGGCAUCUAUAUUUUCUAUUUUUUUUGUUCUUUUUUUUUGGUCAUUUUUAUUGUACAAAGUCACGUAAUAAAACUGUGAUGAUGAUACCA